UCAUGCCAACUUUUUAGCAGACUAUAAGGAAACCGCCGAAAGAAAGACAUAAUGGGCGACGACGAACCAACAAACCACAAAACAAUGCUCUCUUUAGCCAACUGCUUCAACGGCUGCGGGACUCUUCCGGCGCCGAUCACCGGCGGCCAGGGAACAAGGAUCUGGAAUCUCAGCGACAAGCCGAUCGAGCUGCAAGUGCGAGUGGGAUCGAUCUUGAAGAAAGCCCACAGCUUGAAGCCUGGAUCGUCGAAGCGAUUUAAGAGCAAGAACAUUUACAAGAAUUAUAUGCCUGGAAAAGGGAAGAAGAAUAGCGCAGUGGGGAUGAAGACUUUGCUUUAUUACUACGAUGAAACCUGCCACCCUUAUAUUUGGAUUCACGAUUCCGGGUGCGAUUUCUCCAGGAUGGUGAAGCAGCAGUAUAUUAGUCUUGAGGAUCUGAGGGACUGUUCGGAGAUUAGAAUCUUCAGGGAUCACCAGAGGGGAUGUAUUGCGGUUCGCAAGAAGCCUAGAGGGGACUUGUGUUGAGUUUGGGUUUGAAUCAUAUUGACCGGUUUACCCUCAUGGGUAACUCAGUUGGUUUCUGUAACGGGUAGCUCAGUUGAUUGUCCGUUACGGGUACCUCAGUUGGUUUCUGUAAUUGGUAGCUCAGUUGGUUGUCCUUACGGAUGUCUCAGUUAAUUUCUGUAACGAGUAGCUCAGUUGGUUGCCCUCACGGAUAUCUCUUAGCGGGUAGCUCAGUUGGUUGCCCGUAUGGAGAUCUCAGUUGAUUUCUCUAAUGGGUAGCUUAGUUGGUUGCCCUUACAAUAUUUCAGUUGGUUUCUGUAACGGGUAGCUCCGUUGGUUGUGCUUGUGGGUAUCUCAAUUGGUUUCUGUAACGGGUAGCUCAGUUGGUUGCCCUUACGGAUAUUCAGUUGAUUUCUGUAACAGGUAGCUCAGUUGGUUGUCCUCACGGGUAUUUCAGUUGAUUUCUGUAACGGUAGCUUAGUUGGUUCUUGAGUAGCAGAUUGUAAGUGACGGAUUCUGCGGUUCUAAGUGUAUGAUAUUUGGUAAGUGGGAUUGCCAAGAUUUAAUCUUUUCUUGUUUUUCCUGCUGCCCUGUUUAGGAUUUAGGAUGGGUAUAGAGUAGGGUUUGAUGUUCUCUGCAUUUUCCUGUCUGUGAGAGUUUUUGGUUCAUGGGAUUGUUGUGUAAUGAGUAGAGAAUGUUUCUGAAUUCUUAGUGUAAAGUGUAAUUCAAAGAUCAGAGAUGAAGCUACCAUAUCCCACUACAGUUUGUCUUUUCUUCUCCUCCUAGUUUCUUGAAUCAAAUGAAAAUCUAGUGUCAGGUGAAA